AUGGCCGGCAUCUCCAACGUUAUCUACCAGCACGUCUCCCCCGCCCUAGCAACGACCCUCUUCCGCAGGAACGCCGUCUACUUGACUGCUAUCUUCGCCGGUGCCUUCGCCUUCGAGCUGUCUUUCGACACUGGCUCCAACAAGAUCUGGGACUCCUGGAACGCUGGCCGUCAAUGGAAGGACAUUAAGCCUCGUUACCUCGUUGCUGCCGAGGAGGAGGACGAUGAUUAA